AAACUAAUGCCUCCAUUGAAGCUGAUGUUCCUAUCGAUGCAUGUGCAAAAAUUCACGAGAGUUAUUUGAAGGGAAAAAAUAGCAGUGAUACUUAUUACGCUGAUUAUUAUGAUUUGGAAACUUGCUUUAAAACUUUUAAAUUUAAUGCUACGCGAGCGAAUAAGACAAUUAGCACUAUUAAGGGUAUCUUGGAAAAUUUCUACCCAUUUUUAGAUCAAGCUAAAGAACCACCACAACCAGGCUUCACAUUUCAAUCUACUGAUAUAAUAAGCAAGCUUGAUGCAUUGCUUAAUGAUCAAUAUAGUACAGAUUUUCAAUUCAUUGCAAUCAAAAUUUUCAAUGAUGUAAUUGAUAAUAAUUUAAUUGAUUGUGAAGUAGUAACAAUUAAUUCUCGUCCAGCCAUGGAAGUUUUAAUCGAAUUCGCAAAUGAAAAGACUUUUACGUCCAAAGAUCUUGGCGUACGGUUUAAUUCGGUGAUAUCUUCUCUUAGCCUUAAUCAAAAUAACAUCAGAGUAUCGCCAUUAACCCAACAAUUUACCAAAAGUCGUAUAUUACCCGAAAAACCUAGCAUCUCAUAUGGUUUAACUUGCAAUGGGUCCACUUUGACAAUCGAGAGAUCCUGGAAGAUAACAUCAGAUUUCUAUGAUAAUUUUACAGACUCGAAUUCUUAUUGGAACAAUUUUUGCGUGGCUACGACAACUCCUACUCCCAUUAAUCCACUUAAUAAUUUUGGGGACUACAGUAAAACUUAUGAUAACAUGAUAUCAAAAGCACAAAUGGUUUUUAAUGGUACGAGUUCUCGUUUUUACAUGCAGGACCAGACCGGAAUUGCAAUAAUUUCUACUCUCGAUCCUACCGUUGAUGAACAAGAACAGAUGAUGAACAUUUUACAAGGUUUCAAUAAACUUAAUGAGAUGGGAGCAAAAAAGAUUGUGCUUGAUCUUACCAAUAAUAGUGGUGGCAUAAUAUCCGUUGCUGAAUUUGUGAAUAUUUUAUUGUUCCCAAACACCAAUCCUUCUUUCCCAAGUGACGCAAAAGUCACUAACUUUUCCACAUUAGCAAUCCAAACAGCGACUACAGGAAAAAUAUCUGAUAGCAUCUUUGAGGCACAACAAUAUGCAUUAUUUUCUACAGAACAAGUAUUUAACACUUCCCAAGAUUUUAUAGGGAACAACGUAUACACACGUGGGACUCAAGUAAGAUAUACUAACAAAUUCAUCCAUGCUGGAAAUAGAGCAAUCUUCCAACAAGUCCUUGGAAACAAUCCGUCAAAAUACCCAUGGACAUCAAAAAAUAUAAUUAUUUUAACAAAUGGUAUCUGCGGAUCAUCAUGUGCAAUAAUAGCUCAGCAUUUAGCAGAAUUGCAAGGAGUUGCCACCAUAGCAGUUGGUGGAUUUGCAGAUACACCUUUAUCAUUUGCAUCAUUUUCUGGUGGGCAAGCUUUCAAUAGUUACGCACUAUUUGAGGAUUUGUUUGAAUUAGGAAUACUUGAUAAUCCACUUUCACCACAACCUUUUGACCUUUAUGGUACUCUCGCAUUUCCUAUAUUUGAAAUCUAUAGUGUUGUAAAUGAACAAGAAGUUUUAGAAUUUUCAUAUAGAAAGGCAGACUAUAGGUUAUUUUAUGACGAGAAAAGUGUUAGAGAUCCUAAAAUGUACUUUUCUAAGUACAGUACGCCCAAUGUAACUCAAGUCCAGAAUAGAGCUUCUUAUUCGUAA